AUGUCGGCGUCAUCAGCCGCAGCCGACACCGCCAGCUCUACCGCGCAGCUCCUCCGCCAGCAGGGCAACGUCGCGUUCGGCUCGUCGCGGUGGCUCGAGGCGGCCAACCUGUACACGCGCGCGAUCGAGGACCUGUCGCGAGGCGACGUGUCCGCGGCCUCGAGCAAGGAGGACCUCGCUGCCUUGUUCUCGAACCGGGCCGCGGCAAGGAUCAAGCUCUUCCAGCUCGACCUCGCGCUACUCGAUGCGGCCGCCGCCAAGCUCCUCAACCCGACAUGGAGCCGUCCGCUCGCGCGAGAAGCAGAAGCGCACCUCGUCCUGCAGGACCACUCGGCCGCCCGAGCUAGCUACACGGCUGCAGCCCGACUCGCCGAGGACGACGCGACCCGUACGCGCUUCACGACGAGCGCCACUUCGGCCGCCGCCUCUCUCGACGCCCAGGGCGCCUCGCUGUUCGGCGAGGCAGAAGCUGCCGUCACGUUCGCCGAGCGGUACGACAACUACGUCAAGGCGGGCGGCGACCCCGAGAAGGACGAGCUCGUGUCGGCGGCGACGGCCGUUUACGCGUGGACGACGGCGGCAAAAGCUCUCGAGCAGCUCGACGACAAGCUUGACGUCAAGGAAUCUGGCGAGGUCGAGGCGUCGUCGCCGAGCCCGGUCCUGGAUCUUGCAGACGCCAUCAUCACCGACGCUCGAGGGUUCCACGUGCCCAAGGGCAAGUCGCACGAGUUGCCGCUGUCGGAGAAGCUUCGUCUGCAGCUCGCGUGGGACGCUCGCGUUCUCGAGCUGGACCAGUACCUCAAGCCGGCGACGGUGCCGCGCGACGUCAUCGACUCGUUCGACGAGCAGGUCCAGCGAGAAGGGUGGCAGAAGCCCAAGAUCGCUCUGGCCCACCUGAUUCGCGGGUCCUUCGUCGCGGCGUACGUCAACCAGAUUCAGCUGCGAGCAGUCGAGGCGGCAUCGCAGUACCGCUUCGUCCUCGGCCUCUUGAGCGAGGGGCGAGCACGGUGGCAGGACGUCGCCGAGGAGGACAAGGGCUCCACGUUCCGGUUCACGUUCGAGCGCAAGGUCAAGAUGCAUCUGAUCGACACGCUCGUCGACGGCCACUUUCGGUCGUCGACCCCCGACGAGCGGGCGCGCUUCCCUCUGCUCGAGGUGCAGGGUCUCGCCGAGCAGCUCAUGGACGACUGCAACUCGGAGAAGGCGCCGCACGACCCGGUCUCGACUUUCGCGUUCCAGGUCCAGCCCGUCGUCUCGGCCGGCAAGGCGUUCGCGUACGCGUUGCGCACUCGUGCCGCCCUGCCCGAGCACCGCAUCGAGUUCGUGGCUGGGCACUGGAUCAACUGCGGCUUGAGCAAGGCCGCGGCGAGAAUGUACGCGACAGCAGGGCAGCUGUUGCCUCGUGACGACCCUGAGAAAGCGGUCAACCUCUUCAACUCGCUCGCCUUUGAUCUUCGAGGUGGUGGCGUCACGUUCGACCAGCUUUUCGCGCGAGCGACCGAGGCAGAAGCCGCUCUCGAGCCGCCCGAGGAGAUCUUCGGCCCCUCGCCGCGCCUGUUCGACUCGCGCCAACUCGUCCGACAUGCCUGUGCGUGCGCGCGCGACUCGCUGGUGGCGCACUUGCCCGCCCGCCUCUCGGCCUCCGCCUUUCAGCUGGUCAUCAAGCCGGUGCCGGCCGUCUUCCCCGACCGAUUGCCGACGGGUCGCGAGCGGUGGGAGGACUGCCUCGAGCCCGAGCUCCGGUGCGACUUGCCCGGCGACCUCGCCGUCGCAGAAUUCGUCGAGGCGAGCGGGCGCUCGUAG